AUGUCAGUGGUGAACGUCGGAUACAAUUCAGCUUCACAAAUGAGUCGGACUAGAUCUACGUUUGUUAUCCUGUGCAUAUUGACCGUGACUGUUACUGUGAUAUAUAUAUGGAAUAACAAACAGAAACUUGAGGACAACUACAGAAACGUACCUCUCAGUGACACCAUUGAGAUGCAUAUAGUUGUAGAACCCAAUAGCGGAAGAGUGGUAAGCAAUGUUCCUCGCUAUCUAAGUGAGGCAAACAUGAUCAAGGGAGGUAAGCAAAGGGAUACCCGGAAGUGCACAAGUGCACACCGCUCCACAAUGACGUUAUUAAAUCCCCAGCCACUGUAUAGACUCGGUGAUGUCAUAAAAGUGGAGAUCAACACUUACAAUCAUUACGGCGAGAAGCAAACAGUUGGUGGCGAUUUCUUUAGAUUAUGGAUGGAAAACACAGAGGACAAAGCUGCAGUUGCUGGAGACGUCUUCGACAACAACAAUGGCACAUACAAUGGUGUUCUCAGAGUCCAGUGGUCGGGUGCUGGAAGGAUUCGCUGCUUUCUUGAGCGUCGUAGGGAGGAACUAGCGAUGUUCUAUUCCAUCAUGGCUGAACAUGGAACGCUGUGGCAGUUGAAACGGGAGUUCGUAUGGGGCUUCUUGGUAAAAGAGAGUACGAGCUGCAGCAUGUUACGAAACAGCCUAAGAGACAUCUGCAACUUUACUUCUCUAAAUGACGGUUUCCUGUGGUACUGUGAAAAGCCGAAGCAUCCACUCUUAAGCUGCGACACCUACAGUAAGUCCUGGUCCCUGAAUGUAGCAUAUCUCCCGAAGGAAACACAGCAACGUGGCAUUUACUAUUUAUCAUCAGAACCAGACAAUGAUUUCCUUCUGUCCUCCUUCAACAUAACAGGUGUAUUGGAAACAGGAGAAAAGACGGUCGACACACUUAAAACGCCCUGCAGUCAACUUUUGCCAAAGUAUACCUGGCAACGCAAGCAUCCUGUUGGAGUUAUUUACAGAACUAAGUGGAAACCCACGCAGUGUUUGGACACCCUGGAAUCUACAGCCUGGGCAUAUCGACAGUGUUUAAGGAACCGACGACUUUGGAUUCCCGGGGACUCAACCAGUCGUCAAUUCAAGGAGGCCCUUCACGACAUACUCAACUUACAAUGCGCCCUUAAAGGUCUCAACCCUCAGCUCUUGGAGGACAAGCAAGACAAUUUCUCAGUGGCAUGGUUUGCUCAUGAGUUCCCACUGUUUCACGGACAGGAACGUUACUCUCCACUAGCUAACAGGGCACAGCAUAUUCUUCUUGAAUCUCUGCCAAAUAACACAGUGGAUAUUGUGGUGCUGUAUUUAUAUGUCCACUUUAAUUUAGUCCACCCGGACAUAUACCGCCAACAUGUUCAGCGACUGGUUCGGGCAGCUACGUCUCUCCUUGAGCGAGCACCUGAUGUCACACUUGCAGUUCGAGGACCCUUUGCUUAUUACAGGAAUCCGGCUCAGGAACUUGUAUCGUACUGGGGACUGCUAUAUACAGAUAUAUUGCAUGAGGAGUUUUCAUCUAUUGCCCACAGAGUUGUGUAUAUAGACUACUGGGAUAUGACGGUGGCCUUGGGCCCCAACCACAUUCAUCCAGAUACAUCAACGGUUAGAACUAUGAUUCACUAUAUGAUGUCUCUUCUCUGUCAUAGAAGGGUGGGGCAUACAUCUUAACCAGGAGUUGCAGGUGCCUUAAUUCCGUCCACUGACUUGUCUCCCCUAGCUGUGCCUGUAUAAGCUCAUCAAACGUUCAAAUCCACGUUCAGAUCCUUGGUUUAUGAAGACUCCAUCGGCUCUGUGUUUAAAGUCCAUAUCUUUCUGAUGAUGAUGGUUUGAGGUUCAACGUCGGCUUCUGACUGUAGCCGAUGGGGUAGGUGGGAUAAUAAUUAAUAAGUUUAUAAUAAGGAAUAAACCAUCGUACCCAAAAAAAUGUAAAUGCGCGGGCGUUAACCUAAGUGGAAUUUUGAAUAAAAACGUUUAAAAAAAGAUAAACGAAAUAAAAUAGUAAAAGCCGAGUUUAUGAAGGGAAAGGGGAAAUAAAAAGGGGUAAUGAUUGUUAAUAGGCAAGAGAUAGGAUUAAAUUAAACGAUAGGUAGUGUAAAGGGGGGCCUAGGAUGUGAGUGUGUGU